UUAUGACACGUUUCCUCCCAGUCAGGUGAUGCGAGCGGAGCAGCGUUAGCAGGAAGUCACAGACAUGGAGGACGACAGCCGGCCGCUUCUGAGCUCAGGUCAAACAGGAGAGAGCUACUCACACAGAGGCUCCACAGACUCUCUGGACCUCAAGGCCAAAAGGCCGUUCCACGUGGAGCCCCGGAACAUCGUGGACGAUGACCCUCAGGAGAGAGUCUCGGCUGAAGCGGCCAUCCUCAACAGCAGAGUUCAUUAUUACGGCCGACUGACGGGCUCGUCUGACAGGCUGCUGAGUCCUCCAAACCAUGUGAUCCCCCGACCUGAGGAGAUCUACGUCUACAGCCCCCUGGGGACGGCGUUCAAGGUGACGUCCAGCGACUACUCGUCUAAAAACCCGAGCAUCAUCACCAUUUUUGCGAUAUGGAACACGAUGAUGGGAACAUCUAUCCUCAGCAUUCCUUGGGGCAUAAAACAGGCCGGCUUCACGCUCGGGAUCCUCAUCCUCAUCUUUUUAGGUUUGCUGAUGCUCUACUGUUGUUACAUCGUCCUCAAGUCACCAAAGUCAAUACCCUACAUAGACACGUCCGACUGGGAAUUCCCUGACGUCUGUCAUUACUACUUUGGAAAGUUUGGACAAUGGUCCAGCCUGGUCUUCUCCAUGGUGUCACUCAUCGGAGCCAUGGUGGUUUACUGGGUCCUCAUGUCCAACUUCCUGUACAACACGGGACAGUUUAUCUACAAUUCCGCUCACAACGUCAACACGUCAGACUCCGAGUUUGGAACCAACGGCUCGGAGAGAGUGAUCUGUCCGUUCCCAAACACCGACCCGGGGGGGAACGACAGCCUCGGCUCGCUUCACCUCAGCGUCAGUGGAAAUGACACGUCUGACGUCUUUGGACACUGGUGGAGCAAAACCAACACCGUCCCCCUCUACCUCAUCAUCCUGCUGCUGCCGCUGCUCUGCUUCCGCUCAGCCUCCUUCUUCGCAAGGUUCACCUUCCUGGGAACCAUUUCUGUCGUCUACCUGAUCGUGUUGGUCACCGUCAAAACGUCCCGGCUCGGCUUCCACCUGAAGUUCCACUGGUUCGAUACCAGCGAGUUCUAUGUUCCAGGUAAACCUGCAGGUCCUUGUGUGUGUGUACUGUGUGUGUACUGUGUGUAUACUCUCCGCCCCCGUGACGUCAGUGUCCUGAAGGUGUUUUGCUGUGUGCAGGUGCGGGACCUGUCCGUGGCGUAUCUUCUGGUCGGGCUGACCUACCUCUACGUGGGCGUGUUGAUCUUUGCCGCCUUUCCUUCACCUCCUCUCUCCAAAGACUGCAUCGAAGCAAACUUCUUAGAUAACUACCCCAGCAGCGACGUCAUGGUGUUCGUGGCUCGGAGCUUCCUGCUCUUCCAGAUGAUCACUGUCUACCCCCUGCUGGGAUACCUGGUGCGGGUCCAGCUGAUGGGUCAGAUCUUUGGGAACCAUUACCCCAGUUUCUUCCACGUUCUGGUUCUGAACAUCUUGAUCGUUGCAGCUGGCGUCCUCAUGGCCAAGUUUUAUCCCAACAUCGGCUCCAUCAUCCGGUUUUCUGGAGCCACAUGCGGCCUGGCUCUGGUGUUCGUCUUCCCUGCGUUGGUCCACAUGAUCUCUCUGAAGCGACAGGGCGCGCUCCGCUGGCCGUCAGCCCUGUUCCACAGCUUCCUGAUCCUGCUGGGUUUGGCCAACCUGCUGGCUCAGUUCUUCAUGUAACAGACACUGAGCGCGUCACAGCCGUUUCAGGAGGAAUCUCUGGAUUUACACGUUUGUGCUCGGAGCGUUGCCCAAACAGAAGCCUCCAGCCAAUCCGAGUCUGUGGCUGUAGAACAAGAUUAAAUAUCUCACACUCUAACUGAGGAACGUUUCUGUAUCAGGGGGAAACAGGACUCCAGUGUCUUGGUCUGAUACGUUUAUCUUUUUAUCUUCUUCAUGCUGUUUAGCUGCUGGUUGUUCUAUGAGCUAAUCUUCCUCAGAGAUAAUUUCCGUCAUGUUGCGGUUGAUUAUUCGUGCCCGAACUGAUCCCAGGCCUCCCGACCACACACUGACACACUGACACACUGUGUGUGGAAACAAACGCUGCUUCAUUAUCACGUCCGCAGCAGGAACAUGACGUGUUGAGAGUGAAGACACGACCAGGGGAGUUUCUUUUAAACUGCUGUAAUAAAAUCUGUUUUUUUAACUGGAGUCAAACUACAUCUGAGAAGAGCUUUGAUUCUCCCACGCUGAUUUUAAAGAGGCUGAUGUCUUUUAUAGUAAAAAUGUGACGGCUCAUCGACACAUUCAAACAUGAGCGAGCACGUCUCUGGAAAUAUUCAAAGGAGUUUAGAAGUUUGAGAUGUGAAGAAAUCUGUGUUUCACAAUCCAAAACAAUCACUGCAGGUCUGAAUCAGUUCCGUGUGAUUUUACGAUCGUGUUGCGUCACCGGGGACGGGAUCGUUUUACUAACAAUGUUUGUGCGUGUGCAGGACCGACGUGUCAGCAGUUAGAUUUUUUAAAGAAACGUUUGGCACUAGCUUUUUAAUUGUUAUUAGCAGCGUUGAUUGACAUGUUGAUUGACAUGUUGACAUGAUGCCUGUGUUCCGUGUGUUGUAUGUUAUCGAUGGGAGGAUCGACAAAGGGAAAAUAAAACCAUAUAAGUCCA